GGUCGUUCACCGAUGAGGACCCUUUCGCCACGCCCAUUUCUCCAACCUGCAGCAGUUAUCCCUUAAACAAGAAGAAAAAGUAGUCAUGGCUAUCCCAAUCACACAGCUUUGAGAAUUCUGAGAUCUGCUCCAACCACACAGGAGUUCACCUACAGUUCAGCUCCUCCCACAACAGUUUAUGAAAGAGUUUAUAUGAAAGAAAGUCGAAAACAUGACUGACCCAGAGCCCUGCGGAAUAAAACAGGAAGAUACUGAACAACAAAUAGACCCGAUUGAAGAAGGGGAGAACCAUCAUGUCAAAACUGAAGAAACGUCCUGCAGAGACAAUAUAUCUUUCACUUGGCCUCAAAGCGGAAAGAGUCUCUCAUGCGAGCGAAAUCUUGAUAUUCGCAUAAAAUGUAAUCUUGAAGGAAAGCUGUAUGCGUGUGAUCAGUGUGAAAAGACUUUCACAAUAAAAGGAAACCUUAAAAAACACAUGGUUAUCCACACUGGAGAGAAGCCGUACUCAUGUAGUCAAUGUGGAAGGAGCUUCAGAUUAAAAUCAACCCUCAAACAGCACGUGAAUAUUCAUACUGGAGAGAAACCGUACUCAUGCGGUCAAUGCGGAAGGAGCUUCAGAUUAAAAGCAACCCUUAAACAGCACGUGAACAUUCAUACUGGAGAGAAACCGUACUCAUGCGGUCAAUGUGGGAAGAGCUUCAGAUUAAAAACGACCCUUAAUGAACACACGAGGAUCCACUCUGGAGAGAAGCCCUACACAUGUGAGCAGUGUGGAAAGAGUUUCACACAAAAAGCAUACCUUGAUGCACACCUAAAAACCCACUCUGGAGAGAAGCCCUACACGUGUAAUCAGUGUGGAAAGAGUUUCACACAAAAAGGAGCCCUUAAUGUACACAUGAAGAUCCACACUGGAGAGAAGCCGCACGUAUGCAAUCAGUGUGGAAAGGGUUUCAGACUUAAGCAACCUCUUAUUGAACACAUGAGGAUCCACACUGGAGAGAAACCGUACACAUGUAAUCAGUGUGGAAAGAGUUUCAGAAAAUUAAGUGGUUUUAAAGAUCACCUGCUUACUCAUUCUAGAGAAAGACUAAAUGACCGUGACCAAAGCAGUAAAACACUUUUUAGGGGAGAUAUCCUGAAGGACCACCUUAAAGUUCAUACAAAGCGGAAGUCUUACAUAUGUUAUUUAUGUGGAAAGAGUUUUAGUUGGAUGGUUGCAUUAAAGAUACACCAGAAAAGACACAGCGGUGUGAAGGAUCACGCUUGCUCUGAGUGUGGGAGGACUUUUUUUUCAUAUGGUGCACUAAAAGUGCACAAGACCGUUCACACUACAGAAACGCCUUACAAGUGUUCGCACUGUGACAAGAGCUUCAAACGGUCAAUAUAUAUGAAAAGACAUGAGAGGAUCCACACUGGAGAGAAGCCGUAUUCAUGUGAUCAAUGUGGGAAGAGCUUCAGACUCAAAGAAAUGCUUAAUCAACACAUGAAUGUCCACAAUGGAGAGAAACCGCACACAUGUGAUCACUGCGGGAAGAAUUUCACACAGAAAGGAAACCUUAACAAACACAUGAGAACCCACACUGGAGAGAAGCUACACACGUGUGAACAGUGUGGGAAGGGUUUCUUAGAAAAAGGAAACCUUAAAGAACACAUGAACAUCCACACUGGAGAGCGGCCGCACACGUGUGAUCAAUGUGGCAGGAGUUUCACACACAAAGGAAACCUUAUCAAACACAUGAAAAGCCACACAGGGGAGAAGCCGCACACGUGUGAUCAGUGUGGCAGGAGCUUUGCAGAAAAGGCAACCCUUAAUGAACACCAGAGGAUCCACACUGGCGAAAAGCCGUACACGUGUGAUCAGUGUGGAAGGAGAUUCACACAAAGAGGAACCCUUUACGAACACGUAAAAACCCACAGUGGAGAGAAGCCGUUUACCUGUGAGCAGUGUGGAAAGAGUUUCAAACGGAAAGAAGGCCUUAAUGAUCACAUGAAGAUCCACAGUGGAGAGAAGCCUUACUCAUGUGAUCAGUGUGAGAAGAGUUUCACACGCAGAGGAACCCUUUAUCAACACAAGAAAACCCACAGUGGAGUGAAGCCGUACACAUGUGAGCAAUGUGGGAGGAGUUUCAAGAGUUCAAGCUGUUUCAAAGUACACCUGUGUACUCAUUCUAGAGAAAGACUAUAUAACUCCAGAGCAGAUUUCCUGAAGGGCCACCUACAAGGACAUACAAAGGAGAGGCCUUACAUAUGUAAUUCAUGUGGAAAGAGUUUUAUUCGGAAGAUUGCAUUAAAAAUACACCAGAAAAGACACAGCGGUGUGAAGGAUCACGCUUGCUCUGAAUGUGGGAAGGCUUUUUAUACGGAUGGUGACCUGAAACAACACAAGACCGUUCACACUACAGAAACGCCUUACAAGUGUUCACACUGUGACAAGAGCUUCAAACGCUCAGAAUAUCUGAAAAUACAUGAGAGGAUCCACACUGGAGAGAAGCCGUAUUCAUGUGAUCAAUGUGGGAAGAGCUUCAGACUAAAAGGAACGCUUAUCGAUCACGUGAAAAUCCACACUGGAGAGAGGCCGCACACGUGUGAUCAAUGUGGGAAGAGCUUUUCACAAAAAGGAAACCUUAACAAACACAUGAAAAUCCACACUGGAGAAAAGCCGUACUCGUGUGAUCAGUGUGAGAAGAGUUUCAGAAUAUCAAGUGCUUUUAAAGCUCAUCUGCGUACUCAUUCUAGAAAAAGACGAUGUGAUUGUGACCAUUGUGGUAAACAGUUUUUUAGGACAAGUGCCCUGAAGAAGCACCUGAAAAUUCAUACAGAGGAAAAGCCUCAUGCGUGUUCUUUGUGUGGAAAGAGUUUUAGUGAGUUUGCUGCUUUAAAAUAUCACCAGAAAAGACACAGCCGUGCAAAGGAUCAUGUUUGCUUUGAGUGUGGGAAGACUUUUUUUUCAUAUGGUGCACUGAAAGUGCAUCAGUCAGUUCAUAAUCGAGAAACACCUUAUAAGUGUUCACACUGUGACAAGAGCUUCAAACGCUCAACACAUCUACAAGUACAUGAGAGGAUCCACAUUGGAGAGAAGCCUUAUCACUGCCAUUCAUGUGGGAUGGGAUUCACUCAGUUAUCUUCUCUAAUUUGUCAUAAAUUACAUGUCUGCAUGUCGGAAAUUACUGUAAGUAGUUCAAGUUCUGAUCCUGUCCUUCCAGGUGUGAGGUAGGGCUGCAUCAAGAAACGAUUUUGAUGAACGAUUAAUCAGAAAUGAUUAGAAUGAUUAAUCAACUGAUUGUUAAUUAUUUCAGAGAUUUAUCAGUAGCUUUUAUUUAUUAUUCAGCUUUUGGAGUUUGUUAAAAUGUUAAGUUAUACCCAUUCUAACUAAGAAAUAAAACAAGGAAAUCACUGCA